AUGGACGCCUCUCGAGCCGCCGGUCCGCGCCAGCCGCCACCUCGGGAUUUCCGGUGCAGCGAGCACGCGUCCAGCCACUCAGGGGCUGCCACGUGGGGGCAGCAGCUGCGGAGAUGGCUUGCUGACGUCAUAGUUACACUGGCCUAUGAGCCGCCACAGCCGUCAUUGGUCGCCCGCAUCUCCCGGCGCGUUUCCCCGAUCUCCCCCGCGCACCCGUCGACCGCAUGUCCCGCGCCUUCUCAACCCCCCCUUACCGCUUCCCCCAGCGUUCCAGGAGGAGGUUCCGCCGGUGAUGAGGGUCGUGGGGAGGCGCAAACCGCGAAGGGCGGACUUCCCCGUCCGCGCGUGUGGCUUCCGCGCCCGCUGCGAGCGGUGGCGGUGGCGCUGCUGGCGGGGGGAGCCGCGGGGUACGGCGCAGUGAUGCGCGCGCGGUGGGAGAUGUACCAACGCGGAUGGCGGAAGCGAAGCAGGUGCGCAUAUGGGAGUGGGUAUGGCAGAAGCACUGAGUUGGUGGGUGGCGGUGAUAAGCGUGGGGAACAUCACCUGGGGAGGCACUGGCAAAACGCCCAUGGUCGCAUCCACCGCUCUGCACCUCCUCUCACUCCUCAACACCGCCCCGCACUCACAACCGGCCUCACAACUAGCCUCCUCAGCCACCACCACCAUCCCCACCUCCUCCUCCCCUACUCCCGCAUCUCCCCCCUCUCCCACAACUCCCCCCUCUCCCACAACCGCCAACACCUCCCCCUUCAACUCUUCCUCCCCCACCCCUCCCCCUCGCACCCCUUCCAUCCUCAUCCUCUCCCGGGUGAGCACCCACCCUCCCCUCCUCGCCACUUGCCCCACCUAACAGCUAUUGAUAUACCACCUUCACCCCCCCUUGCUCCAUUCCCCGCUCUUCCUUCCUCACUAUUGCCUCCCCCCUCACAUUCCUCUCCUCGCCUCCCCCCUCGUUGCCCUUCAUUGCCCCCCAUCACUCAACUUCUCCCGCCCCACCUGCCACGUGGCUCCAAGGGCUAUGCAGGGGGUGACGAGGCGCGCAUGCUGCAGCGCCAGCUCAGCGGCCGCCCGGUGAUCAUUGCAGUGGGGAGGAAGCGCGCUGACGUGGCACGGCGAGUGAUUGGCCAGUUUGGGGCGUGGAGUGGAUGGGGAGGGGGAGCAGCGGAGGGGGAAAGGCAUGAGGGGAGGAGCGAGGAAGGGAGGAAAGGGGAGGGGAGGAAAGAGGAGGGGAGGGGCCAUGGGGGGGUGGAUGGGGAUGGUGCUGUGGGGCCUGUUGCUGCUGUGAUCAUGGACGAUGGCAUGCAGCACUGGGCGUUGCAUCGCGAUCUCGACAUUGUCAUGCUCAGGUGCAGCAGUCCAUGGGGCAACGGACAGCUGGUGCCACGUGGACCAAUGAGAGAGCGGCUUGAGGCGCUGCAACGGGCAGAUGUGGUGGUGAUUCACAAUGCUGACCUGCUGCACCUGAGGCGGGUGGUGAGCAUUGCCCUGCCCGACCACUCGCCCUUCUCCCUCCAGGAGGUGCGGGCAGUGCAAGAAGCACUCACCCUCCUCUCACAUGCACCUGAACCUAGCACGCCCUCCCAUGAUGCGCAAAACCCGGAUGCACACGGGAUGAGACGGGGAAAUGGAGAAGGCGAGGGUAAUGCUGCAGGUGGGCGUGGGCCGUUGCUGAUACUGACAGAGAAGGACUUUGAUAGGGAUCCCCAUUUUGUCCGCCACCAUCUGGCUCCCUUCUCCCCUCUCAUCCUUUGUUGCUCCCUCGAGUUUUAG